AUGGUGACACAUGACUCACAAAAGGAAGACAACAGCCGCACUACAUACGGCAAGUGUAGCACUGCCAGGUGCCGUGAUUCUGCUGGAGGUGUGAUCUUCCCCAGUUGUGUUGCUGGCAUACUGGAUGGUUGGCAACCCAUGAUUUCAAGAGAGAAUGUGCUGCAGAUAUCUGUAGGUGGACUGUUCAGAGACAUUCUUACUAUAGUGCUGAGGGAGCCUCUUCAUGAUCUGAGAAUAAGUAACACCACAAUUGUUCUUGAACGUUUUGAAACUCUUCUGAGGCAACUAUGUAAAAGAGUUGAUCCUUCACAACAUGAAAAUCCACCUGACAUUCCAAGAGAGGUAGAAAACAUUAAUGAUUUCCCUCAGUACCUGACAAUGCUGAAGCUAUAUACGCAAUGGAUGGCUUAUGAAAACCACAAGUUCACACCAAGUGGAAAAAUCAAAUGCCCAGAUUUGUCCCAGAUUUUUGAGUGGGUGAAAAGUGCAUGGGACUCCAUUGUGCAACCACUGGUGGAAAAAUCCUUAAAAAAAUGUGGUGUCACAAAUUCACUGGAUGCAACAGAGGAUGACUAUCUACAGAAACAUGGCUACGAUAACAAUUAUUCUGCUGCUAGUGAUGACGAUGAAAGUGAUGAAGACGAGAUUGAUGACAGUUUGUCUUCAGAUGAAGACGAGAAUGAUGUUGAAGGUGUUGCUUCAAAUCCAGCAGCUGUGCCGUAUCCGAAAGACAGUGAGUGGACUGCAGUUGACACCUACCGACCUCUGCCUGUCAACACGACACCCAGGCAGAUACUAGUGGAUAUUGAUGAGUCGAGUUCUGUACUGGAUUGCAGUAAAGUGUUCCUUACUGACAGUGACGUAAAUGAACUCAAGAGACAGACAAAUUUGUAUGCAUCACAGACAAUACAGAAGAAAAGAAGAGGAAAUAAUCUGAAGCCCCAUUCAGUUUUGAGUUCGUGGAAGCCAGUGACUAUAAGUGAGAUGAGGCGUUUCUUGGGUAUUAUUUUCCACAUGUGUGUUUCGAAAAAGCCCAAAAUUGCGGACCAUUGGAGCACUAAUCCUGUUCUUAGUUGUAACUUUUGUCCCCAUGUCAUGAGCCGUUUGCGUUUCACUCAGAUACUGUCAUGCUUGCAUCUUGUUGACAAUUCAAAUCAGAAAAAACCAGGCGAAGAUGGAUUUCAUCCACUUUACAAAGUUUUGCCAUAUUAUAAUAAUUUGAAGGAGCGAUGUAUCCAGGCAUAUCGUCCCUCAGAAAAAGUGACAAUUGAUGAAGGAAUUUGCCCAUUUCGAGGUCGUGUGAGUUUCCGUGUUUACAUGCAAAAUAAGCCUCAUAAGUAUGGACUGAAAGUAUAUGCUGUUGCUGAAGCCAGUAGUGGCUAUGUUGUAAAUUUUGAAGUUUAUGCUGGUAAGCAUAUUGUUGACAAUUCUUCGUCUGCGGUUAUUUUGCGAUUGUUGUCUGACAGCAGCUUGCUGAACAAAGGCCACACUGUGUAUUUAGAUCGAUUUUAUUCCAGUCCAGAGCUAUUUCAGCAACUGGCAGAGAAAGGCACUGGAGCUGUUGGUACUGUGAACAAAUCCAGGAAAGGAUUGCCUAAAGAUUUAGUAUCUGCUAAGCUGAAAAAGGGCGAAAUGUCUUUUCGGCGUAAAGAUAAUGUAUUGGCAAUGAAGUGGAAAGAUAAGAGAGAUGUGUAUACAUUGUCUACAAGGCAUCAAGCAACAUUUGGUACGCAUACUAAGAGAAAUGGGUCUGUAGUAUUGAAACCACUUCAGGUACUUGAUUACAACCUCAAUAAAAUUGGAGUGGAUAUUGGAGACCAACGCCUGCAGUACAAUCCGUUCCAGCACAGAACUGUGAAAUGGUGGCGAAAAUUAUAUUUCCAUUUGCUGCUUAUGGGAGUAUCAAAUGCAUUUUGGCUGUACAAUGCAGUGCACAGGAAGAAAAUUACAAUAACAGACUUUAUAACAGUGCUUGCAGUUCAGCUUGUUGAAGACGACACACUUGAAUUCAUUCCAAGAAAUGAAGGAACUGUAGGUCGGCUAACAAAGAGACAUUUUUUGCAGCACAUACCUGCAACUACUAAGAAGUAUGCUGCUCGUGUGUGUCACGUGUGCAGUUCCAGGAGCAAGAAACAGAGUGGCAAGGCUUCUCGCAAAGAGACACGAUACGAAUGUGAACAGUGUGGCGUUGCACUCUGCCUGGAACCUUGCUUUAAAAUUUUCCACACUAAAAAACAAUAUGAUUCUGUGUGA